AUGGCUAAAAAGAACUCAAAAGGUGCUCAACAAGAAGAAGUUUCUGAUGCAUUGCCUCUCCUGGAAUUUCGUUUCGAUGAUCCGUUGUUCCAAAUGGCAUCACAUCCAGAAUUACCAAUUAUCACAAUGGGAUUCUCGAAUGGUUACGUAUACUGCUACGAAUAUGAUGCGAAAUCUCUAGCCAAAUUAAUCGAGACGAACCAUAUUGCUAAGAAACAGGAUAAAACCGAUGAGCAAACUACAUUCUGGAAAGUUGUGAACGUUCCUGAGGCCAUCGAUGAUGAUGAUCAUUUAAAAUUGCUAUGGAAAACAAGACGCCACAAGGGCAGUGUAAGAUGUAUGGGUAUCGAUCACACGGGAAAGUUUUUGUUCACCAUUGGAACGGAUAAUAUUCUGAAAAAGGCAGAUAUCAUGACUGGGAAAGUAGUUAAAAAGAGCCAUAUUGUGCAUCCGCAAACUAAGGCAGAGCCUAAAUUUGCUAAAAUGUGUCUGUCUAGUACACAUCCCCUACUACUUUUAGGUGAUGAGUCAGGAAACGUAUUCACUGUAGACUCCAACAGUUUCGAGCUAGUUAAUUUGAUUUCUAAGAUUCACGGUGGUGAUCAAAUAAAUGAUAUAUUUCACUUCGAUAAACGUUCAGCUUACAAAUUCAUUUCAGCGGGUCAAACGACGCUUGCUUACUGGGAUGCCCGUGUUGACAACUCGAAUGAUGUGAAUGAAACUGAUGAACUAAAGAAAAAAGUGAUGCUGAGUGAUGAUCAAGAAGAUGAAGUCCUUUGUGGCGCUUUUGUUGAUCCGGAAGUUGGUGACACUAUUGUCUGUGGUAUGGGUGAAGGUAUUUUGACUAUUUGGAAACCAGAAAAGAAUGAUUUAGAAGAUCAACUUUCCAGAAUUAAGGUCAGUAAAGAUGAAUCUAUUGAUUGCAUCAUACCUACAUUACAAGACGAUAAUUGCAUCUGGUGUGGUUGUUCUAACGGUAAGCUAUACAAAGUUGAUGUCAAGAAGAGCAAGAUUAUUGAGGUAAGAAACCACAGUUCUGAAGAUGAAGUGCAAUUCAUUGAUUUAGAUUGUGAGUAUAGAGUUAUUUCUGGGGGAAUGGAUAAGGUUAAAAUUUGGAACUUAACAAAUGAAGACGAUGAAGAAGAAUCCAUUGGUGAUAUUAGUGAUGAUGAUAAAAGUGACCCUGAAGAGUUCAGUCAAGAUAGUGGAAGUGACACGGAUGAAUCUAGCGACAUGGAGGAUUCCGAUAAUAGUGACGGAGAGGAAGAAUUAGUGGGAUUAUCUAAAGAAGAAUUACUUGCAGAACUUGAUAAGGAUCUAGUAUCCGAAGAAGAAAAGGAAGAUGAAGAACAGAAUGGAAAGAAAAGAGCUGCCAAGGAUGAUCGCAAACAAACUAAAAAGAAGAAGCAACAAAAAACUGGUCUUAACAAUUCACAUGGCAUCAUGAAGUUUGAAGGAUUAUAG